AUGCACAACUUUGGCCGAGUGUCAUACAUCAUCACAGCCCGCGUCCGCGGGAUCCCAGCACAAUCAUCAUCUUUCUCCACCAUGUUCAAGUCUACCUCCUAUCUCAGUUCCGAGAUCCCAUUCGUCGCCGACUUUGAGCGGGUCAUCGCACGCUCCGAUAAGGCUGAAGCCAAAGCCCGCGCCAGGACCGGGUCAGAGUCGGCCUCGGGAAGGGGAAGAUCAAGAUCAAGGGCGGGAUCAGGAUCGGGGUUCUUUGGUAGAGAGCGAAGCGGCAGUGGAAACACACUCGAGUCGCCAGAGGAUCUCGACGUGCAGAGGAUGUCUCUUGGCUACUCUUCGGGCGAAGGGGAGACGACAGCCAUUGCUGUAGGCACCAAGACUCCCUGUACUGGCGGUCUGUACGCACGCCGUCAAUCGUCCGACCACGCCAUGCCACUUACAACUCCCCCUCAAUCCAACUCUAGCUCCUCCCCUUCUUCUCUGGACCGAUUCAGAUCCUCAUCCCCGUCGCUGCCUUCCGAGAAGACAGGUUGGAUGAAGGGCGAUCUGGUGGCUUCCAAGAGCAUGUGCGUACACGCCAUCUCACCAGUGACAGGGGGGGUGGUACCCUUGAACCUGCGUAGAGAAGGUUUUGCGGAUGGCAUGGGGAUUUGGAAGUUCAAAGCCGUUGCUGACGUCUUUUCCAUCUCCUCUGUUUUCCUACUCAGCUACAAAGUCCCCGCCCCUUCCCCAUGCACCACCAUCUUCCUCUUCCGCCUCAUCCUCGCCCAAUCCUACAGCCUCGUCUCUCCCCGUACGCCCAACGACCCACCCCGCGUCUGUGAGCCUCCAAAACAGCACGUGCUGUACCAGAUCGGACGGGUGCACAAGUCUACGGAGAGUCACCCUGAAGUGGGCGUAGAAUGUCUUUGGACGGGCAAAGAAGUGCCGGACAAGGGAAAGAAGAAGGAGGGUAUGGAGGGGGAAGAGUCGUGGACGGUGAAGGCUGUAGCGAGGAUGCCUAACCAUGACAAGAUUCGGCCUACGACCAACGAGGGCACGAUAACCCCAAUUCGAGUAUCUCACGAGCUUAUCAUCCAAGUCUACUAUUCGGUCCACGGUGAAGACGUCAAGGGACGACCCAUCAAGGGAGCUGGUGAAUUGCGAAUGAUGCGUACCAAGAUUGCUCUUCCGGUCCCUAGUUGUCACUGCUUGUCGGAUUCGCUUUCCCUCCCAGCAUACUCUUCCUCUUCCCCUCCCGAUGGCACACCCGUUACCGCACCCUCAUUGCCACAACCGACAUCCCACUUUGGACCGGUCUCUUCUGUCCCAUCCGGGCAUCAGUCUGCUCAGGAGAUUGACUCCAUCAUAUCAUCUCCCCCGAAUCUUAGGAGGUAUUGCAUGUGCGGCAAGACAUUCGCCGAGCUGGGGGAGAGCAUGCUGCGCGGGAUGAGACCUGAAGAUGAGAAUGAGGAUGAGUUGAACGGGAGAGAUGGUGAGCGAACGGGGGGACUCGAAGAGGGGGCCAAGGUGGAUGAAAGGACUGAGGAGGUCGAUAGGUCGUUGUAG